AUGGCGCACCAAAGCCCUGCGGUUUCUAGUUUGGAAAAUGCUCGUGAUGAGAUCCGCCACCAGUUUGGUCUUGAGAUUUUGCUAAAGCAUGAUGAGCUUCGACUCAUCAACCAGGAACUCGCAAAGUGUCAGGUUGCCCUGGAGCAGUUACGACGCUGUCAUCUCAUUCCUUACCCUGUGAAUUGCCCAACCCCUGAACAGAUGCUGAAUGUUAGCGCUGGUAAGGGUCCAGCUGUGCAGUCACGUCCAGGAGAACAUGUACCGAGAUGGGCACCCCCAUUCGGUGUUGUUGAUGGUCCGUAUGCCAGACAUUAUGCCAAGUGGCUGAUUCCCGACCCUUCGUUUGAUGGCCAGCAGCCUGAGUGGCAAUUUACUCAGGAGGCUUCGCGCGCAAGAAUGCCACAUGCUGAGGGACGAACGACAAGAAACAGCUUUGCUGAGCCUACAGGGGCACUUAAAGGUCGCUCGGCUCGUGGAGCUACCAGUCAGAAGCUACAUUCUUUGUCUAGCGGUUACCCCCAACCAAAAGACAAAGUUGGCCCGUGUAUACUGAAGCGUGCUGAUGGGCAGACAGUCAAGUUAGUCUGUCUCGAUUGUCAUCGUGAGAACUUCUCAAGUACUCAAGGAUUCAUCAACCACUGCCGAAUCGCCCAUAAGCGCGACUUCAAGAGUCACGAAGAAGCAGCCGUGCACAGUGGGCACCCCAUUGAAGUUGCUGAAGGAGGAGUUGGUGAAGAGAAGUCAGCUGCACCCUCUGCACAAACUCCAACUACUGCAUUUGUCCAUCCCUUUGCCCGCCCCGACAUAACUGAACAACAGGCAUAUGUCGCUCUCAGGUCAAGAAUCUCUGAUUCUUUGAGGCUUUAUCAUGAAGGCAAGUUACCGGGCGUAACACGCAUUCCUUCAUCGUCCAACAAGGACAAGCAGCGCCAGGCCCAAACAGCAGUUUCAGCAGAAGAAGCUCCGGGCAUGCACCAUCUAUCGCGUCUGUUGCAAAGUCGGAAGUUCGACGGUAGUCUACGUGAGCUGGUUGCAGAUGCUACGACAAAGUCGCCUUUGGAAGAAAUGACUUCCGGUGAAGAGUCCGAACUUGCUGAAACACCUUCCGAGGUCAAUGCUAUGAAGGGUUCUUCUGCUGUACGAACACCCAUCGUAAUGCGUGUGCCUGCGAAGGCUACCAGUCCUUCAUCCGUCAUGGGCACAACCCGUUCGGCCAGCAGCAAAUGCCGUGCUCCUGUUGCUUUGAAGACACCUUCAGGUUCUGCACCACGCGGCACAACUGUUGUCCUUUCGGAUGAAGAUCUCGAUAUGGAGGAUGCUGACAUGAGUCCUAACACGAUGGUCAGCAAUAAUGCACCCUCUCUAGUUAGUGACGACGGGGAGUACGACGAUACUGAUGACGGCUCCUCGGUUUCUGGCGCCAGUGAUGCACUUGAGACGGAGUCGGUAUCAGACGUCGCUGAAAUAACACUUGACGAUGAUCAAGACCCACGUUCACUACGCCGAGAAUCUAGCGGUGUAUCAGGCGCUGUAAGGCUUCGUAAAGAUGAUUCGAAACACAUCACUCUGAUGACGCCUGUCAAGAACAACGCCAGAGAAAGACGGCCACGCAAGGUCUAA